AUGUUCGUAAGAGCGAACCGAAAGGGGCUGACUUCUAUGCAGUUCAUUCAGCGACAGCGCGUGCUGGCAUUGUGGCGAGACAUUGUUCGGAGUACGGCCAACAUCCCCGAUGAAGCGGCAAGGAAGGAUAUGCGACAGUUUGCAAGAUCAGAGUUUGAACAACAUCGUCGAGUAACUGACCUACAUGGAAAAACGCAAUUCCAGGCAAUGAAAGACACUCUCAUUAACUCUGGUAUACUCACUGAAUAA